AUGGAAGUAACUUUGUCCAGUCGUCUGAAAAGCUUAUAUAGUAUUUACAGCAAGAUGAAACGAAAAGAAGUUGAAAUUAAAAAAUUCUAUGAUGCCCGUGUUUUGAGAUUAAUAAUUGGAGAUAAGAAUGGUACUCUACAUGGACAGGCCGUUCAAUCUUGUUAUAGUCUUCUCAAUAUAAAGAGGUACCUUGCUAACAUUUCUUCCUCUAAAUGCAGGCUUUGGAUACCUAUUGAUGGUGAAUUUGAUGACUACAUUAUUAAUCCAAAACCAAGUGACUAUCAGUCUCUUCAUACUGCAUUACAAGGCCCUGACAACUCUCCUUUGGAAGUUCAAAUAAGGACACAAAGAAUGCAUGAAUGUGCUGAACAUGGACUUGCUGCACAUUGGCUCUACAAGAAAUCUGACAAUAAGCUGGUUACAGUUAAUGGAGUGGAUGGUUCUGAAAUGACUGCGUCUUCAUCACUUUCAAUUGAUUCAGAGGAGCAAAGUACUAUCAAAGAACACAUGUACGCAAUCAAAGGAUAG